GGCCGAUCGGAACUCAACGCCUUCCACCUGGGCGCUGUGCUGGGCGGCAUUGGCCGAUCCAAUUGGCGCCAAACCUUUCGCCUGCUGCAGCUGGCCAUGGACCACACCCUGGAGGUGGACACCGUGGGUUUCAACGCCAUCCUCGCGUCCCGCCCCGUGGACGGUUCCGGCGGUUCGAGCUGGGGCCGUGCGGUGCAGGUGCUGCAGUGCAUGGGGCGCCAGGAGAGGUGGAAUCCAAUCUGGUGAGCUGCAAUACGCUCAUCUCCUCUUGUGAGGAGCUCUUCUAUGUCGCCAACAUUCUGGAUUACGGGCGAAUCCUCACGCUCUACUGGGCGGUGCAGGCCUCCGACGGCCAGACCUUCGCCUUGUGGUACUCCGUGAGCUACCUCUUGGAUUGUGUAGAUGGCUAUGCAGCGCGGGCCUUGAAUCAAGAAUCCCGGCUCGGCUACUACUUAGAUAUGGUCAUCGACCGCGUGUCCUCGUGCCUAUGUCUCCACUUCGCUGCACAGGCGGUCAUUGAAGGCAACACCUUCAUCGGCGAGACCUUGGCGCCUUUGGUUGCCUGGACCUUGCGGCUCUUGAUUGUCAUCGUCGAGAUUCUCGCCCACACAUCCGUGAUGUACCUCUCAGAGGUACUGGGCGUGCACCAGAAACAGAUGGGGUACGAGUACGCCAUCGUUCGGACGUACCUCAGUGACAAGCGCUGCCUCUUUUGGUCCUGCCUCAGUUUCGAGCUGUUCGGACUCAGCAUCAUCGUGAACUCCAUGCCGGGCGUGAUGAUCGCACUGCCCGGAUUUGCUUUUCGAGCGGCCGCCAAUAUUUGCCGCCUCAUGUCGAUCCUUGCGAGGAAGAACAGUUAA